AAACAUUCAAUUUUAACAGUACCUAUACACUUUAUUGCAACUUAAAACAAAAUUAAAUAAAGGUUAUAAAUAGUAAUAUUUCACAAAUUUGCACAAGUAAUUUGUAUGUUAAAAUUUAAAAGAUGGGAGUAACUGGUUUGUGGAAAUUAAUUGAACCAUGCGGCCAACCAGUGCCUGUUGAAAUUUUGGAAAAUAAGGUGUUAGCCAUAGAUAUCUCUAUAUGGCUUCAUCAAGUCGUAAAAGGCUUCCAGGACAACAAAGGUUCAGCCCUGGCUAAUUCACACCUCCUAGGUUUGUUUCAUCGGUUAUGCAAACUGAUGUUCUAUCGAAUAAAGCCGGUCUUCGUAUUCGAUGGAAAAGUUCCUCUUUUAAAAAGGGAAACUAUUGCAAAGCGUAAUCAAAAAAGGAACAAGUUGGUUAACGAAGCAGAGAGAAUUCAAAAUUUGCUGUUACAAUCUCUGGCAAAGGAAAAGGUUGUACAACAGGCUCUUGGCACAAAAGCCACAGAAGAACUUUUGAAAGCAUCUCCUUCAAAAAGUAAAACCAAUGAGAAAUGCAAAGAUGAAGAUAUUUUCAAACUGCCAGAUCUGCCAAAACUAGAACAAAGCACCACCGAAAAUGAAGAUGAACCUUCUUGUAGUUCAGAAUCCGAUAGUUCAUUUUGUGAAUCCAAACCCCGAAUAAACUACAACCAAAACCUGCAAGCUAUUGACGUGAAAAGUGAACAUUUCCGCAACCUUCCUCCCGACAUAAGACACGAAAUCCUAAUAGACAUCAAAGAAACAAGAAAGCAAUCAUCCUGGGGAAAACUGCAUGAGCUUCCAGCCAAGAGCAAUGACUUCAGUACAUUUCAAAUGAAGAGAUUAUUGAAAAGGCGCCAAGUACAAGAGAGCAUAGAAGAAGUCCAAAAAGAAAUGGAUGGGGUGCGGACAUUUACGUUAAGCGAAUUGGAAGAUAUAUUUACGGAAGAGGGGAUAAUUGAGACAUCUAGCUUAAGUGGCACAAAACAUAUUUCAUCAGAUUCAAACACUCGUUACCUUUUAGUACGUGAUUUGAAAGAGACUUUAGCUAAUGCCGCUUUAGAGGAAAAUAAAGUUAAACUUGAAAAUAAUUCAAAGAAACCAAAAAUAGAAGAAGCAGAGAAAAAUCAUUUUGAUUUAGAAGAGGCUGAUUUAGAAAGAGCUAUUCAAAUGUCAUUGGACGAUGCGGCUCCCUAUAGUGAAAGUGACUAUUGUUAUAGAAAAGAGGGGAGGAAGCUUAACAGCGAACAACGAGCAGUGUUAAGAAAUGCCGGUGUUGGACUUGCUAGAGAUUUUAUGAUUGAGCAUGCGUGCAUGAAUGAUGAGGACGUUCAAAGUCUCUUGGAGAACACUCAAAUCAAUGAUGAACUUAACUACAAUUCUUGUUUGCAGGACAAAAACCAGACCAUAAUAACCUCUAAUGAGUCUUUAAAAAUUGUUCAGAAUCAGGAUUUGGCAGAAGCAAGUUCCUCUUCCAAAAAUGAGCUCCUUAAAUCCUCCAUAUUGAUAAAGAAUGAAGAGAUUUCACAACUAGACAAACAAUCUCCAAAAAGUCCCAAGAUUUCAGAGGAAGAUGAAGAAAUAGGUAUAAUUUCAGAUUCAAACAGCGAUUCAGAUUUAGAAGAAGUCAAGGAUAUAAGCCAACAACCAUCAAAUAGUGUAAUUUCAAAAACUGUUAGCAAAGAAAUGGAAAUAUUUGUAGAUCCAUCCAAAGCAAUAGAUCAAGAGGAAGAUAUUUUUGCAGAUGUAUUCAAACCAACAGAAGACAAAAAGAUUGAAGUAAAGAAAACAUCAUUGAAUGUAUCAGAUAUUCUUCAGGAUUUAAAAAAGCAAGCUGCUGAAGUAACGAAAAUUAAUCUUUCUGAUAUAAAACUUAAUACACAAACUAUAGACGUUUCAGACGACGAAAGUGUGCUAAGUCAAAAACUUGUAUAUGACACCGAUAGUGAUUCUUCUGAAAAUAUUCCGACAGAAGUAAUACCAAAAUCCAUGUCGGAUGCAACAUCUCUGCCAGAAGCUCCUUCGGUUUUAGAAAGGGAUGAUAUUGAAAAAGCAUCUAAGUCUUUGGAUGGCGAAAAUUUACUUUUGCCAAUAAAAUCAGAAUGCAACGAAGUUAUCGAAAUUAUUGAUAACGAUUUAUCAGAAAAAUCUGCGACUAAUUUAACACCAUCAAAAACAAGAGAUAUAUCUAAUUUUUUCGAAACCAAAUUUAUUAUAAAGAGAACACCAGAAAAAAAAGAUGAGAUUGAGGAUGUUCCGAAGGUGACUCCACCAUUUUUUGUACGAAAAUCACCGAAAUCUAGCAGUGAAAAAAAGAGAAGCUCAACUAAUCACGAUGAUUCGCCACUUAAUAAAUCGCGCAAAGUCAAUAAAAUGUUGUUUAAUAAGAGCGUCGACGAGGACGACGAUGAAGGUUUUACAGAAAUAAAAGAAAUCGUAGAUAAAGAAGAGGAUAUGCUAGAAGUUGCAGCAAUGGCUUUGAAAGAGAAAAAAUCCACAGAAGAAUUAGAAGAUAUGGCAUCGACGUUAGCAAAAGAAAAACGAGAUUUGGAAAAGGAAAGAAAUCGUCAGGGUAGAAUGGGAAUGACUAUAACUGAGAAAAUGAAUUCGGAAUGCAUGGAGUUGUUGCGGUUAUUUGGAGUUCCAUUUAUUGUUGCUCCUAUGGAGGCUGAAGCGCAGUGUGCAUUCCUUGAUACAGUUCAACUUACAAACGGAACAAUUACUGACGAUAGUGAUAUAUGGCUGUUUGGGGGUAGAACGGUGUAUAAGAACUUUUUUGCCCAAAACAAACAUGUUAUGGAGUUCAAGUGUGACACAAUUCAGAGCUCCUUCAAUGUUGAUCGGAAUAAACUUAUUCAGUUAGCGUUGCUAGUUGGAAGUGAUUAUACUACAGGUAUUAAUGGAAUAGGUGCAGUGACUGCACUAGAAAUACUAGCAACUUUUACUCCAAAAGACCUCGCACAAGUAGAUCCCAGUCAACAAACAUCUACAGUUCUGACAAGUUUGAUAAAUUUUCGUGAAUGGUGGAAGAACACUAAAACCAAUACAGUAAUUGGGAGUUCAGUUCGACAUCGACUUCGAAAUAAACUGGCAAACAUUGAAGUUUAUGAAGAAUUUCCAAGUACUGCGGUGGCUGAGGCAUAUCUUAAGCCUACAGUGGAUAAUAACCAAAACUCAUUUAGUUGGGGAACACCGGAUGUAGAAUCCAUAAGGGAAUUUACGAGAGCAAAUUUUGGCUGGACAAGAAACAAAACUGAUGAAAUCUUAGGACCAGUCUUAAAGAAACUUAACGAAAAAACUUCACAAUCAGCAAUAACAAAUUAUUUUUCGAUAAAAAGCGUUUCUUCAAGUUCAAAGCAAUUGGCAGUUAGUAAACGUGUUCAGCAAGCAAUAAACAGUAUGUCAGCAGAUUUUAAACCUGAUGAGGAAGUCGAUAAAGAAAAACCAAAAAAACAAAGAAAAAAGCGAUUAGUAAGCACAACUGCGGAUAGUACAAAUAACGAUGAAAUUUCACCAAAAAAGAACAAACGUGUAAGCAAGAAGAAAGUUAACUUGCCACCGGCAAGAAAAUCUGAAGUAAUACCCCAGCGACAAAAAGAUCAAGAAGAAAUGGAACAAAAGAAGAAAUUAGCCGCUGAAAUGUUGAAGCAAUCCAAACAAAAACGAGGAAAAAAUAAUUGAAAUUGGUGGCAUUCAAAGUUAUGUAAAUACAUAAAAUUACUUUUUAAAUGCAUGUAAAUUUGUGAAACAGUUUUAUAAAUAAUAAAUUAUUAUUAGAAAUAUA